UCAAGCAUACACACACACACACACACACACACACCCACCCACGCGUUGUCAUAUUUAUUAUCAAGACCUGUCCAAAGCUUUUGUAUACAGUAUUCAAGUACUUUCUCAAAGCUUCCAAAUUCUCUCAUAAACUUCAAACCAAAACACCGUAAGCAUCAAUGGCUCUGAGUUUAUUCGGUAGCGGACGAAGAAGCAAUGUCUUCGACCCAUUCUCGCUGGACAUCUGGGAUCCCUUCGAUGGCUUCAAUUUGUCAGGCCCUCUCACCAACGCUCCCUCCUCUGCUCGUGAAACCUCAGCCUUCGCCAACACUCGAAUCGACUGGAAGGAGACACCGGACGCCCACGUCUUUAAAGCCGACCUUCCAGGAUUAAAGAAGGAAGAGGUGAAAGUUGAGGUUGAAGAAGGUAGAGUGCUUCAAAUCAGCGGAGAGAGGAGCAGAGAACAGGAGGAGAAGAACGACAUAUGGCACAGGGUUGAGAGGAGCAGUGGGAAAUUUCUGAGGAGGUUCAGGCUGCCAGAGAAUGCAAAAUUAGACCAUGUCAAGGCUAGCAUGGAGAAUGGUGUACUGACUGUGAUUGUGCCUAAAGAGGAGGAAAAGAAGCCUGAGGUUAAGGCUAUUGAGAUUUCCGGCUGAGUAAGAGUACCUCAUCGUCUACUCUCAAGUAGUAAUGCUUUUGUUUUUGUUUUGCGCGUAAAAGUUUGCUUUCCUUCUGUUGAAUAAGGAGUCCUGUGCUUGUAACACUCUGUGUGGUAGUGUAAUUAGAGUGCUAUGGUUUAUGGCUCAGUUCAGGAAAAAUAUGGCAUUGUGAGGUUUUUUUUCUGUUUGUAAAAUAAAUGAAACAGAUAUAUGAAUGGGCUUUUUCUUUGGGCUAAA